CUCGAUACUAACAACAGCGUCACCAGUCCCCAGCCAAAAUGACGAAGGGUACCUCCAGUUUCGGAAAGCGCCACAACAAGACGCACACGCUCUGCAGGCGUUGCGGUCAACGAUCCCUUCACAUCCAGAAGCACACCUGCGCCUCAUGCGGCUACCCUGCUGCUAAGACCCGCAAGUUCAACUGGGGCGAGAAGGCCAAGCGAAGGAAGACCACCGGUACCGGCCGCAUGCGAUACCUCAAGACCGUCAACCGCAAGUUCAGCAACGGAUUCCAAACUGGCGCUCCCAAGGGCUCCAAGGGCCCCACCGUCAAGUCCUCGUAAACGUAUCAAGCAUAAGGUUGACGACGAGGAGGAGUAGAGGCGCGAUGAAGGCCAUUCGGACGGGUGCAUGAUCGGAAAGCGGGUUCUUAUAGGCAAAUGGUAUUGCUCGGCAUGGGGCGUUCUGUCAUCCCUCUCCCGGUUGCUGUCCAUCCCACAUGACGAAUGAGGAUGGCAUCACCGUUUGAGCGCAUAGCUCUGGAGGCAUAACUAC